GUGAACAAGUGAUUUAACGCAGCCAGCUAGCCAUAUUGUCAUUCAGCCGAGCAGACAAACAGCAGUGUAAAACCUAAGAAAAGACACUUAGCGCUCCUAUUUAGACCGAUACAAGACUUGUGAAGUAGACCUCUAGAUAUUCAUUUAUAUUCGAGAAAUAUUUCUAUUUAAAUAUGGCAGAAAAUCCAGCUUACACGCCCUUUUUUGGUGUAAUGGGAGCUACAUCGGCGAUGGUAUUCAGUGCCCUAGGAGCAGCUUAUGGGACUGCAAAGAGUGGUACAGGAGUGGCUGCAAUGAGUGUGAUGAGGCCUGAGCUGAUCAUGAAAUCCAUCAUCCCUGUGGUCAUGGCUGGUAUUGUUGGUAUCUAUGGUCUCGUCGUCGCUGCUGUCAUUGCCAAUGGAAUCCCUUCAGAUCCAUCUGCUUACACACUAUACAAGAGUUUCAUGCACCUGGGUGCUGGCCUGAGUGUUGGUUUGAGUGGACUGGCUGCUGGCUUUGCAAUCGGAAUAGUAGGUGAUGCUGGUGUGAGAGGUACAGCACAACAACCAAGGCUUUUUGUAGGAAUGAUUAUCAUCCUUAUCUUUGCAGAAGUUCUAGGUCUAUAUGGUCUCAUCGUGGCUUUGGUGUUGUCAACAAAGUAGACCAGAUCCUCGCAAAAUAUAUAACAACAAUUAUUUGAAUCAUUAGAUAUGAUUGGGAACCUUUUAUAUCUCCUUUAAUGUUGUGUAUAGAGUCCAAUCAUGUGCAGGUACCUCAUUUACUUGGGGCAGCUUAAAAAUAUUCAAAGGACAAAACAAAAGCUCAUUACUAAGAAAGUGAAUUGGUAUUCAAAUGUCACUACAACAGGAUAGAAUAAUCUCAUGGGUUCUUUGGUAUAUUGGGGUGGAUUCUUUAUGGUAGCAGUAGUAGUAGUUUGCAGUACUUCUCUUUGUUCCAAUGUCAAUUAUUGAGAGAAAUAUUGUACAAAAAUUUAAAAGAAUAAUCUUGAUCCUUACUUACAUAAGCCUCUGUUUUUUCCAGCAAUAUUGAUGUCUAUGGUUAGUACAGUGUAAAUGAUUUCCCUAUUGACAGUGUAGAUGAUUAUCAUACAGGUAAUUCUUCAAGGAAAUUUCCUUUAGAAGACACUAAUGUCCAUCUUCCAUGAUUGAGGGUUAAUGUGCAAACAAUGCUUUCAUAUCAGUAUACACAUAGUAUAGUUAAUAUUUUAAAAUUGUGAAAAUUGUUUUAUAUGGAAAUCUUCUUAUUUGUUGAUGUUUAGUUUGUUUCAUGUUUACAGUGAAUUACUUGUCAUAGAAUAUAUAUUUCCAAUACUGGUACAUGUAUCUACAUUGAUCUAUGUAAAUUGGAUUGCUAGAAAACUUGAAUAUGUAAUUCGAAUGCGUUUUGUACUUCUAUAAGUCUUCAUCAGCUACAUUUUAGAUAAUGGCAGUAAUGUUAAUUUACUUGAAUGCAAGUUCUGAAAACAUUUUUAAGCAUUAAACAAAAAUUGUGUUACACAUUUUUUCAGUUCAUGUAAUACAAAUUAUAUUUACAAGCCAGGCUAGCUCUCUAUAUUUCACAUAUUAGGUGACAACCAUCAUUUUGAACUAGAUAUUCUUUUUCUUUUUUCCCUUUUUCUUCAUUAACAUCCUUUAGCAAGACAGUAAAAUAAUGUUAUUUGUCUCUCUAUCAAGAUGAAGUGAAUAGAUAUCUGGUAGAAAAGCACCUUUUCAAUCAAAAUACAUGUAUAUACUGUUCUUAUUACUUUUUGUUUUAUUUUUUAUUUCUAAUUUCUUUUCAAAUUUCUCUUUCAAAAUUUACCCUCUUUAUAGCAUUAAGCUUGGUUCUCGCAAGACAUGAAAAAAAAAUGAAACUAAAUACUUCAUACAUGUGAUAUAUUAAAGGAUCUCUGAUUAUGGACUAUUCUUUGGUAACACUCAAGGUUAAGGGUUUGUGAAUAAGAUUUAUUUAAAUUCGGGAAAUAUAAGUGCACAUUUAUACAUGUUUAUAUAUGCAGUAAGAAACUUCAUUGUGUAAAUACAUGUAGUUUGAACUUGAUUGCAUUGACAAAACCUUUUAAUUGAACCUAAAAUGAAAAAAGGAGCAUACAAUUCUUCUCCAUUGCAUGAUCAUCUGCACUUAAUGGCAAAUGCCACUGCCAAAUUAUGUUGAAUUCUUUGAGACAUCUCUUCCUUUCAUGAAAUUUUAUUUCAAUUUUAGCAAGAAUUGACACAUGUGUAUAUAAACAUAAAUUCUAAAAUGAUUUGUGUAUCAUGUAUUCUAGUUCAAGAUGAAUUCAUGUUACACCUAGCUAGGUAUUAUUGCAUUCUAAGAAGCCAAAGGUAUAAAUAUGUUCUUGUGAAAAUCUUAUAAAUACAUGUACAUUCAAACAGAACCCAAUAUCAAGGAUUGAACAUAUUGUAAGUAAGGUUUGAUAAUUUGGUGAGAGCUUAUGCAAAUGGAGACGAUGGGAACUGCUGUAUAUUGCAAGCAUGGAAAUGAAAACUAAAGGCAGAUCAACACAGCAAGGAGAAGGUGAAGUGAAA